GAAUAUUGUAGAAUUACAGAACAAAGAGCGAGUUGAUAAGAAUAUUUGCUCUUCAUGUAAUCAUCAAAAUAAACCUGUUAAUGAUUUCAAUUUGUCCAAAUUAUUCGAUUGCGUUUUAGCUCCUAGUAUUGUUGAUUAUAAUAAAUUAUUGACAAGAAUCGAUAAUAUUCUUAAUCAUUUUACGACAUUACAUAAUCAACAUCAUGAUUAUAUAAUGAAUAUUAAAGAAGAAUUAAAUACUUUCCGAGAAACUAUGACCAAUCAAAUUAAUAUGCAUGAGAAAGCUUUGGAAAAACGUGUCGAAGAGAUACUUGCGCGUUCAUUGGAAGCAAAUAGAGAAAAAUAUCAAAAUUUCAUUAAGGAUGAAAUCUCUAAACAAUCAUCAUUUAUUUUAUCUCAAAUAAAUGAAUCUUUUAACACUCUUGUUGAUCGAAUUCCACAGGAUAAAUAUAUACAAAUUAAUUCUUUGAAUCAAUUAUUUUCUAAUGAAAUUACAAAAGAAACAUCUGAACAUCGUUAUUCAUUUGAGCAUGUAUAUGACCCAUCUCAAAAUGUAAUAAACAUGGAGGAUGUGAUCAUUCAUUCUGGCAAUAUGGAUGGUUCUGAUUUGACAUCAUAUUCUACAGAUAUGCAAGAAAAAGAAAUCGUACCUACAAGUUCAACAAAUUCGAUAAUUGAUGUCGUCAAAUCAGAGUUUGCAGAUAAUUCGGCACGUCAUGUUGCACAAUUAAAUAAGAUGUCUCUCGAAAAUAUUAUUCUUUGACUAUAACACAAAGUAUAAACAAAUAUAGUAUGUUAUA